AUGCCACCCACUCGAGUCCAACUCACUCAUGCGCAAUUGCAAUGGCUACAAGAGAUGCAGCAGCUGAUUGAUCAAGAGAUGACCGACCGGGAGGAGCUCGGUGGAAUACCGGCUUAUCGCAAGGACAAUCCGUACCAGCAUUUCACUUGA